AUGAGCAAACACUACGUCAAUAUCUUCUUCGACCCCGGCCAUCGGCAAUUCGAUAAUGUUAUGCUCAUGCGAGCAGCCAUCCUUUCGAUCGAUACUGGUUUGGCCACUAUUGGCAUUUAUUCCAUGGGUGAUAUACUAUCUCUGUGCUUCUCUAUCCGAAUUCCCGGUGAGUUCAUCAACACCAAUGCCAGCUUCAACAUGGCUAGGAGCAUUGUGGGAAACCUGGAGAUUCAGGCCAGACAUAGAGGGAUGGCCAGUAUUGACCGCGCUCAGUUUUUCCGCUAA